AUGGAGCUGGACCGCAUGACCGGCGGCGGCCUCCACGCCUACCCCGCGCCGCGGGGCGGGCCUGCGGCCAAGCCCAACGUGAUCCUGCAGAUCGGGAAGUGCCGGGCGGAGAUGCUGGAGCACGUGCGCAGGACGCACCGGCACCUGCUCACCGAGGUGUCCAAGCAGGUGGAGCGAGAGCUGAAGGGGCUGCACAGGUCGGUGGGCAAGCUGGAGAGCAACCUGGACGGCUACGUGCCCGGCGGGGACUCGCAGCGCUGGAAGAGGUCCAUCAAGGCCUGCCUGAGCCGCUGCCAGGAGACGGUGGCCAGCCUGGAGCGCUGGGUCAAGCGCGAGAUGCACGUGUGGCGGGAGGUCUUCUACCGGCUGGAGCGCUGGGCCGACCGCCUGGAGGGGGGCGGCGCCAAGUACCCCGUGGGCGCCGUGUCCGCGGGCGGCCCCGAGGGCUACUGCCAGGAGGCGGACCCCUACGAGCUGGCCGUCAGCCCCUACGCCAUCACCCCGCCCCCGGCCUCCGCAGAGCUGCCCGGCGGGGAGCCCGCCGACGCCCCGUACCCGCCCUGGGGGCCGGGCGAGGACGGGCAGCCGAGCCCCGGCGUGGACACGCAGGUCUUCGAGGACCCGCGGGAGUUCCUCAGCCACCUGGAGGAGUACCUGCGGCAGGUGGGCGGCAGCGAGGAGUACUGGCUGUCGCAGAUCCAGAACCACAUGAACGGGCCGGCCAAGAAGUGGUGGGAGUUCAAGCAGCGCUCGGUGAAGAACUGGGUGGACUUCAAGAAGGAGUUCCUGCUGUACGGCGAGGGCGCGCCCUCCCGCGAGGCCGUGCAGCGCGAGCUGGACCUGCCGCAGAAGCAGGGCGAGCCGCUGGACCAGUUCCUGUGGCGCAAGCGGGACCUGUACCAGACGCUGUACGUGGACGCCGAGGAGGAGGAGGUCAUCCAGUACGUGGUGGGCACGCUGCAGCCCAAGCUCAAGCGCUUCCUGCGCCACCCGCUGCCCAAGACCCUGGAGCAGCUCAUCCAGAGGGGUGCCGGCUCUCCGGCUGCCCCCGAGAAGGCGGCGCCCUUCAAAACUGCAGAUUAUUUUGUACAGCCGGACCGCCUGGGCCGGGCCAGCCCACCUGGCUCCUCUGGCCCCGAGUCCAGACUGGCCCAGGGCCCUCAACUGCCUCGGGCGUCGGUUGGAGCACGGAACCCUCACGGCACCCAAGGCCACCAGGCUGUGGACUUUGGAACCGGCCGAGACCCCUGGGCCCGCUGCCCCCACGGCCGCCCCAGGGCCGCCCCGGCGCAGGUGGCCGAGACCCUGCAUGGGCUGGCGCAGGAGCUGCCCUGUGUCCUCUUCAAGAGCACCCAGGAGGCCAUGCUGGGCGCGCUGGCAAUGCUGGGCAGCCAGCACACCCGGGACACCGUGGAGGUCCUGCUGUCGCUGGACCGGCCGGCGGACUGGCAGGUCCUGCUCCUGUGGAAGGCCCUGGCCACCUCCCAGAAGCUGGCCCGCAAGGUCAUGACCCAGCUGUACGUGAAGCUGCGGCUGAGGCCGUCCAGGGAGACGCUGCGGUCCCGGCCCGCGGAGCUCGUCUCCCUGAUGCCCCGCCCACGCCGGCGCCCACCCGGCAGGACCUGCCUGGAGGCCCUCAAAGGCCUCUUCUGGACCACCAACUACUGGGAGGUGUUCGCCUACCUCAAGCUGCAGCGGGGCUGGGAGCUCCUGGAGCGCCUGGACACCUACGCGGAGGGGGUGGCCCUGCUGGCCAGGGCCAUGGCCCACUACGACUGCGAGGUCAAGGCCGUCCUGGGGCAGGCGGUCAUCGCCCUGAAGAGCCCCGAGGAGCGGGACAACGUCGUGGCCAUCCUCAUCAUCACAGAGUUUCUCAACAGCCAGGAGACGGCGCAGUACACGGCUCCCCAAGCCAUGGGCCAGUUCCUGGGCCUGGGCCUGGACAGCCCCCACCCGCUCGUGCGGGCCACGAGCCUCAAGGGCCUCGGCAGCACCCUGCUGCACCCCAAGAAGGUGGGGCUGCUUCAGAAGCAGCUGGCCGUGCUGCUGGACAGCUUCCUGAAGGCGAAGCCCGAGGACCUCCUGGGGCUGAUGUCGCUCCUGGGUGACCUGCUCCGUCACCUGGGCCACCAGGGCAUCAGCGCCACCAGCCUCAAGAUGGCCCAGCACCUGCUGCCCCUGUUCGAGAACAGGGCCAAGGCCACCUUCCUGCGCUGCGCCAUCCUGCUGCGGUGGGAGUUCCAGAAGGAGCUGUUCAGCAAGCUGGCCUGGGGCCAGGGGCCCAGCGCCGAGAACAGCGUCUUCAUCUACAUGGCUCAAUCAGACACCGCUGAGAAAGACCCAGAGGGCCGGAGGAUCACGGCCAUCCCCAGAUGGGAUGGCGGCCGCACCCCCGGCCUCACGGGCCAGGGUGGCGGGGGGCAGGUGAGCUGA